UCCACGUCACCUCCACGAGACCUGUGUUUUGGUUUGUUGGAGUAACUUGUUUCGUGACAUCUCCGACGAUUCUUCCGUUUAUUUACAACUGACCGACGCUGUUUAUGAGCAAAAAUGUCAACCGCAGAGGAUUUCACGCAGCUGCCGCUGCUAAUGUGGGAGAAGGUGUUCGCGAAAGUGAAGAAAGCCGUGGUUUUUAUGGACGACAGGAGUGCAGAGGCUCUCCACUGGAGCGGAGGGGCUGCAGCCUUGCUGCAAGCGGGAGCCAGGAACGUGAAGCAGUUUUCGAGCUUCGAGGCGUGCGGUGAGAACGAGCCCAAAGCCGUGUUCGUGGUGAGCACUUUGUUAAAGGGGAGGACGGUGGACAUCAUAAAAGACAUCAUAUCCCUCAGUCACUUUCAGUACUGCGUCGUCUUCACCGCUGUCCCCCACUCCGUGCACCUGUUCGCCAACAACGUGUCCACAGAAAUGGAGGGCUUCCCCGUUUUCGAGCAGUUCGAGGAGAAGCUCUGCGAGUGGAUGGGGAACAUGAACUACACGGCGGAGGUCAUGCACUCUCCGGUGGUCUUCGCCCCCGUGUCGCAGCAGCUGAUCGUGGCGUCGCCGUUUGCUCACCUGUUCCCCCUGCUCCCAGCAGACCUGGAGAGCAUCAAUGCAAAGCGACCGGAGAAGAAGAGGUUCGGCACUUUGAAUGACCUGGAUGGGCAUUCGCUUCCGGUGGAGCUGCAGAUUGAAAUUAAAAGCUUGGUUUCGGCGUUAAACACGCUGUUUGAGGCUGCAGGGAUGAGGGAAGAGAGUUUUGCUGUGGGGCCAAUGAGCCGCAUCAUCGCAGGUGAACUGGCCAAUCACAAUCAGGCGAAAAACCGAAGAAAGACUGCUCCUAAUAAAGCAUCGAUCAUCUUUAUAGACCGAACAAUGGAUCUUACAGGGGCUGUCGGCCAUCACGGUGACAACCUGGUUGAAAAGAUGCUUACCGUGCUUGACCCUUUGCCUGGUCACGUGACGGAUGUGCAAGUGGACAUGUUGGAACUCACAAGUGUACAGAGAACUCCUCACUCUCAGAACACCGUGGCCCCUGGCUGUCUUGCUCAAACCCAGCCGUCCUCUGCGAGGUUGCUGUGGGAGUCGAUGCUCACCAGUAAACACAAAGAGGCUCUGAUGGAAGUCCGACGCCACCUGGUGGAGGCGGCCACCAAGGAGAAGCUGCCAAUCAAGAUGAGUAUGGGUCGUGUGACCCCCGAUCAGCUGUGUUCCUAUGUGAAGUUAUUCCGGAGCAGCUGGGAGGCGCUAGAGAGUCACUGCGGGGUGCUUCAGCUGGGCUUGGCCACGGCCCAGACGCUCCGACACCCCAGAGUGGCCCGCUGGGAUUCCUGUCUGGCUUUCGAAAGACUGCUGCUGCAGGCUCUUGGAGACAGCGACUUCCCGGCCGUGCUGAGGCAGCUGCUGCCCUUAAUGAAGCCCCGCGGAGGCGAGGACAGGUCAUCGUCAGGGUUGAGGCUCGGCCAGGACGAGUGCGGGCCGGACGAGCUGAUCCUCCUCCUGAUCUAUCUGUACACCCUGGCUGAGGAGGCGAAGCACUCCGCGGACGGCGGGGAGGAGGAGCUGGCGAAGCUGGAGCGCGAGCUGAUAGGAGCGCUCACGCUGGUCAUCACCCGGGAGACGGAGCUCAGCCCGCUGCUCCAGAGCCUCACCGGUUGUGCAACCGCAGAGGAACUGACCACAGCAAGAGCCCACUCUGCAGUGGGGAAGAUGUUUGAGACCCUCCGAGGUUUGAGCCACAUGAGAGACCGCCUCAAGCAGCUGCGCUCCGUCUAUACUGCAAGUGAUGGAGUCCACCAGGCCUCAUACCGCCCGUUCCUGCGACAAAUCCUGGAGGACGUUUUCCACCCCGACCGACCCGAAUGCCCCGACAUCGAGCACAUGUCAGGGGGGCUCACGGACCUGCUGAAGACGGGAUUCAGCAUGUUCAUGAAGGUGAGCCGUCCGCGUCCCAGAGACAACCCUCUGCUCUUCCUCUUCCUGGUCGGUGGAGUCACGCCGUCGGAGCUCCGCCUCGUCAAGGACGCCGUCGCCGCGCUCAAACCAAGAACACAGGUACUGGUUCUCUCCACCCGCUUACUAAGACCGGCGGAUAUCCCCGAGCUGCUCUUCAGCACCCAGAGACUGCGGCCAGAUGUCGGUUUCUGAAAGGCCGGCGCGAGGAACGAACCUUACCGGCGUACGCUUGGACAAUCAGGUGUCGAGCUCAAGUAGUUCGAUUUUAUACAAAUGCUGAGGGAUUUUAAAAAAAACUAAAAAACAUUCCUGCUCUGUACGUCAGCAAACAAAUCCCUGAACACAAGCGAUUAAAAAAAUAAAUAAAAGAAAAAAACCUAGCUGUGUUUUAUGACUCAAACACAUCAGUAUAUUAAAUCUGACAAUAAAGACGUUCACCUUCCAGACAGCUGCAAGAUGUGCUGCUGCUUUUUGGUUCGCAUUCACUGAAAAUGAACCUCAGACGUUUGCGGUGUGUUUGUUGUGAAUGUGGGAAAAGUGACGCUGUGCCGCAGCUAGAACAGGCGCUCCGUCAGCAUCAUCGCCUCGUCACGUCAUGUAAAAAAAAAAACAAAAGCACGACGUUAAACAAAUGACUUGACACUGAUAUUUGCUCACACCUACACUGUGGAUUCUCUUCUUCGUUGGUUUUAUUCUCUCUGGCCGGGCUGACCUCAGCUAAAGCUCAAUCGUUUCACCCACCUCCACACCUGCACAUAACAAGAGGAGGCUUUCUGGUUUACUCUGGUACGUUUCAACAGAUUCGGACAAGAAUUUCUUGAUUAACCAUCUGAAGGGAGAAGUCAAGGUUGUUUCUAGUGAGUUUCUGUGGAAAGUGCCAUGAAAAAAAACAAAUCAUCUUCUCUAUCUUUGCUUCUUCGUUCAGUUUAAAGCCACACUUUAAAGGAUUAACUAGACUUUAAUCCAUUUAUUAAAGGUCCUGUAAAUUCAUUGAAAAGAAGCCAAAGUAAAAUGUAUAAAAAGACAAUUGGAGAAGUUUCUAUGCUUGGGGAAAAAAUAGAACAUAUCUAAAAUGAUUAAAGUUUUAACUUUAUCAGUUGGAGUUUUUGUUGGAGCUCAAACAAAAAAAACCCCUAAAGGUUUUUGUGAAAUAUGACUCGUAUCAAAUUUUACCUUAGGCUCCAUUUAUUUUUUUUUUAUUUUACACCGCUUCUGCUGCACUUUGGUUAGACUCUGUAUCCCUGGAUUUUGGCCAUUUUUCCUCAUACCUUUAGCUCGUAGCAGUAUGUUAUAGUGCGAUUCUUUCUUAGCCAUGCCUCUCACAAAAUCUCAGAGUUUUGACUAAAUAUUAAAGUACAGACAGUGAAAUCAACACAUGAAAAGGUCCUGUUGUUGGAAGUUCAUCUUCUGGGACUAGAGAUUAUCUGUAACAGUAAAGCACAGGCACAUUUAAAGAUAAAAGAAGGCAUUAAAAUGUGCAUGAGAAGCCAAAGUUUAAUUUGGUGUAUCCGUGGGUUACCCCAUUUUUAUUUAUACAUAUAUAUAUAUAUAUAUAUAUAUAUAUACAGAGUAUAUAUGUAUACUGCAGUCACAUCAAGAGGCAGUGUACAGUCAUCGCUCUAUUGUCUGAUUCAUAGCUGCAUGUCAUCAAGGCCUUUCAGAAGAGCUGCUCUAUUCAUAUUCAUGAGCCAGACACGCUUUUUUUUUUUUCUUUCCCCUUCAUGGCAAAAAAAAAA